AUGCCUGAUUCCCGUGAACCUCUUUCCUCGGCGAUCACCGGUCCACAGUUCAUCAGCUUCAACUAUGUUUGGCCGGUUAAGAUCUCUCUGCGCACGAUUUCCGUUGACGAUUCAGUCAUUUUGCAUGUUUCUCCGAAAUUCGCAACUGUUUACGAUCAUGUUUCAUUUCAGUGGAGUCUCAAAAUCCAUGGAACAACAGGAGGGCUCUGCUCUGACGAGGAGAUCGACUCAGAAGCAUAUCCCGAUGAGAAUGUGCCCGAUCCGGCAAAUUAUGUCGCUGUCGAGUUGUACUAUGUGGAUGGGCCGGUGAACCAGAUUGACGUGAACGCGAAAUUCUCAAUUUCGAUCAAUCCGGGGAAAGAGCCAAAGGAAAAAACGAACGGUUCAAGAGUUGAGGAGAGUGAGUUUUCCCUGAGAAUCCCAUUUGAUCGC